CCGAGUGGGAGGAGGCUUCCCUCUCCGAGGUCGAGUGGACAAUUAGCAGGAUUCACCCUGCAACACUGUUCUGUACUGACAGGAGAACAGCACCCAGACCCUGGACUCAACAUGGGACACGAAAGCAUGACCAAAAUCAAGGAGAAGUUCUCCCUGAAGCACGCCAUCAUCAAGGAGUUCUUGGCCGAGUUUCUGGGGAUCUUCGUCUUAAUUCUGUUUGGCUGCGGGGCGGUGGCCCAGGCUGUCCUCAGCAAGGGGGCCCUGGGGGGGCCCCUGACCAUCCACAUCGGCUUCACCCUGGGGGUCAUGAUGGCGGUGUUCGUGGCCGGGGGGGUGUCUGGCGCCCACGUGAACCCGGCCGUCUCUCUGGCCAUGGUCCUCCUGGGGAAGCUGCCGCUCAGGAAGUUCCCGGUGUACGUCCUGGCCCAGUUCCUGGGGGCCUUCGCGGGCUCCUGCGCGGUGUACGCCCUGUACUACGAUGCCCUGAUGGCGUUCACCAACGGAGACCUGAUGGUUACCGGGGACAACGCCACCGCCAACAUCUUUGCUUCGUACCCGGCGAAGCAUCUCUCCACUCUCAACGGCUUUGUGGAUCAGGUGAUCGCCACGGCCGCCCUGAUCCUGUGCAUCCUGGCAAUCACCGACGCCAAGAACCUGGGCGCGCCGCGGGGGAUGGAGCCGCUCUGCAUCGGCCUGGUCGUCAUGGCGAUCGCCGUCUCCAUGGGCUUCAACUGCGGCUACCCCAUCAACCCCGCCCGCGACCUGGGACCGCGCCUCUUCACCGCCGUGGCCGGCUGGGGGCUGGACGUGUUCAGGGCUGGGGGGUGCUGGUGGUGGGUCCCGGUGGCGGGCCCCAUGGUGGGGGGCGUGGUCGGGGCCUCGGUCUACUUCCUGCUGGUGGAGCUGCACCACUCGGAGCCGGACGCCCCCGAGGAGACCGGCACCAAGGACAAGUACGAGAUGAUCACCGUGAGCUAG